AUGACAGACCUAGUCACUCCUUCCUUUGGGAAGCUGGUCGCUAUCAAAACCCUUGAUGGCCAUACUGGCUGGGUUUGGGAUGUGGCUCUUUCCAGCAAUCAUCAAAUCCUCGCUUCAGUCUCAAAUGAUAUGAUGAUCCGUCUAUGGAACGCCAACACCGGUCUCCAGCGCGGUGCCGCAAAAGACAACGGCCAUUCCAACUGGGUGCGAGCUGUGAGAUUUUCCCCAGCAGGCCGAUACUUGGCCACUGCUUCCGAUGAUAUGACCAUUCGCAUCAGCGACGUAAACACCGGCUUCACCUACCGCAUGCUCAAAGGCCACACCGGCAAAGUACGAGCGGUAGAAUUUUGCCCCGACGGAAGAACUCUCGCUUCAGCCUCAGAUGAUUUCACCGUACGCCUGUGGAAUGUGAGCUCAGGCUCGCUGCUCAAAACCCUCAAUGGACACUCGGGUUGGGUGCGGGCUGUGGCCUUUUCGCCUGACGGAAAGACCCUCGCUUCAACCUCCGACGAUAAUACAAUUCGUCUUUGGGACACGACUACCGGCAAUGAAAUACAUCAACUCAAUGGCCAUGAAUCCUCCAUCAGGGCCGUCUGCUUCUCCCCUGACGGGAAACUGCUGGCAUCCGGGUCGCAGGACAAGGUCCUGCGCAUCUGGGAUACGACUUCCGGCGCCAUGCUCCACGUCCUCCGAGGUCACUCUGGACUUAUCCAUGCGGUCGCAUUUUCUACUGAUGGGAACCAGGUGGUAUCUGCGGCCGAUGACCUGACGAUCCGCGUGUGGGCUGCUCCAUUAGGGUUUGCUUGCGUCCGAGUCUUAACCGGCUAUACAGGGUGGGUUCGGGCCAUUACUUUGUCGGACGAUGAAAAUAUGGUAGUCUACACAUCUGACGACAUGACUAUCAAGAUCUGGCACUCGGCGUGA